CAGAAUUUUGUUAUGAAUCAGUGUAACCAAAGAGCAAUGAAGAGUUCUUUCGCUAUCAUUUUCACAAUUUGUGCUAUAUUUCAGCUUCUAGGGGCUACUACAGCUGCGCCUCCAGAUGGCCCUCCGAAUGGGCCACCUCCUGAUGGUCCACCCCCUGGACCCCCACCACCAGGAGAAAAACCUCCCGGUCCACCACCAGAUAACGGUGGCUCAAGCGACUCGAGCUCAACUCAAGCAUCUACCACAUAAAUGAUAUGAAAGUUAUUGUUUUCUGGUCACAAUAAUUAAACUUCUUCAAAUACGAA